ACCAUUGAAUGGAUGUAUGUAUACACACAUAAUAAACCUUAUCAUAUAGUAUCAAUUAUUUUCUCUCUAUUGAAUUCCAAAUUGUGAAGCGAUCAAUUCAUUGGAACUCUUGGAAAUGGAUGGGAACAACUACUCCUCUUGGGCCGACCAGUGGGAUGAUGGGCCAGACCCAGUGACGGUUGGUUCCAAUAGCAAAAACAGCAACGGCAACACCGCCAAAUACAAGCAAAAGCUCGGCGAGGGUUUUGGUAAGACCAAAGCAGUGGCCUCCACCGGCGUUAAGAAGUUGAAGGAUGGUACCUCCGUUGGCCUCCACUGGAUCAAGACCAAGUAUUCCAAAGCCACACACAAACAUUAAUUUCAAACGUCUUUUUCUAGAUUCAUAUUGCUUGUGAACUGCUACUUUUCUUUUCUUUUUCUUUAUGCUUUACUUUAUUCGUCUCUAUGUUUUCGAUUAGGCUUUUGAAUUCAUUUAUUCUUGCUACAGUGUAAUUAAGUAUGAUCCAUGUAUAUGACUGUUUUGUGUAUUAGUUUCCAUGUUUGUUAAUUAUGUAUCUUAUUCUAUACAUUUUUUUUUCUA